UCUCAUCCAGAAAUGAACACGACGAUCUGGAUUGUGGAUAGCUAUGAAGAAGCUCUCGCCAAGAACAUUGUGACUGUUUGCCUUGGAUUUAUCAUUAAUGUCAUUAACGGCAUGCUAGUAGUGACUUUCUUCUCCAAUUCAACAUUUUCAAGAGACUCCAGAUACAUCUUAUACAUUCACCUAGUAAUCAAUGACAUGCUCAUGAUAUGUGUAUCAGUGGCACUGUAUGUGUUGACCUACGCUUCACCAGUAGUAAACGCUUCAUUGUGCUGUAUGCUGGAAACCCUUGGUAGAGUCACUUUCAUGAUCACUCCUUUGAAUCUGGCCGGUAUGGCCAUCGAACGCUUCAUUGCUGUCUGUAAACCACUGCAUCACUCUCAGAUCUGCACACCACAACGAACGCAUUUAUUUAUAUGCUUUCUAUGGGGUUUAGGAGCUACACAUUCAAUGGUUGAUAUCAUUAUUCUGUUUAUAACUCAAUCGUUAUCUUUCUUCAGGUCAUUGAUAUCUUGCUACCCAACAUAUGUGUUCCCUACCAAGGCUCAUAAAGACCACACCACUGCUUCACAGGUCAUAUAUAUGUCAAUGGUGUGGGUCAUUGUAAUUUAUACUUAUUUCAGAGUCAUGUUUGCUGCCAGAAAGGCCGUUUCAAAGGGUUCAGCAAACAAAGCUCGCAGUACGAUUUUACUGCAUGGUGUCCAGUUAAUUCUUUGUAUGCUUUCCUAUGUCACACCUUUUAUGUACACUGUGAUUAUACCGCUUUUUCCUCUACAGAGAACUAAGAUAACCUUCUGUAUUUUUGUGUUCACAAAUAUUAUGCCAAGAUUACUGAGCCCUUUGAUAUAUGGAGUCAGAGACCAGAAGUUUGUGAAGCAAAUGAAGGAAUACUUUACAUGUAAGGUUUUUAUUGUGAAGAUUGUGCCAUCAAAAUUAUGA